AUUAUUCACUCCCAUUAAAUUAUAGUCACAUACCAUUAAAUUAUGGUACUCAUCCAACAAAGAAUUGUACCCCUCUUAAACCCUCUUCUUCUAUACCCAUUAACCAGUUAGCUAGCUUACUCUUCCUUGUGAACAAACAUGAUGUAUCAAAUUCCUUCUUCUGCAUCAUCCAUGUCAUUCACCCACACACCACCAUUCUCCAAUGCAUCAUCACCACCUUCUUCUUCUUCCACUAUCACUUUCGUCACCUAUGCUAGAUUCAGUGCCACCACAGCUUCCAUGCUCCAGCACCGGACGGCAAGCCGUUUUCCCUUUUCUGCCACCAGGAACCGCCCCCGUGCGGCGGUGGCGGCGAUUAGAGCCAAAGCUGAAACUGAUUUCUACUCCACUUUGAAUGUCAGCAGCAGUGCUACCCUUCAGGAAAUCAAGAGCUCUUAUCGGAAACUAGCUCGAAAGUAUCAUCCAGAUAUGAACAAAUCCCCUGGGGCAGAGGACAAGUUCAAGGAGAUUAGUGCUGCAUAUGAGGUCCUAUCAGAUGAUGAGAAAAGAUCUUUAUAUGAUCGCUUUGGUGAGUCAGGUCUACAAGGAGAGAAUGAAGGGCCAGCAAGUGCAUCUGGGGUUGAUCCUUUUGAUUUAUUCGAGGCAUUCUUUGGUCGUUCAGAUGGACUAUUUGGAGAUAGUGAUGAAGGGGGCUUCAACUUCAAUAUGAGAAACAAUAGAAACCGUGGCCAAGAUAUCCGGUAUGACCUUCAUUUGAGCUUUGAAGAAUCAAUUUUUGGAGGUCAGAGGGAGAUUGAAGUUUCUUGUCUUCAGACAUGUAAUAUUUGUGAUGGUACAGGAGCUAAAUCAAAGAGUUGCAUUAAACAAUGCACAAAUUGUGGUGGCAGAGGAGGAGAAAUGAGAAGUCAAAAAACACCCUUUGGAAUGAUGUCUCAGGUUUCUACCUGCUCUAAGUGUGGGGGUCUUGGAAAGAUAAUCACCGAUCACUGUCGAAAAUGUGAUGGCAGUGGUCAGUUACAAGCUAAACGAACAAUGGAAGUGGCCAUUCCUCCUGGCCUCAACGAUGGAGACACAAUGCGAAUUCGAGGAGAAGGGAAUUAUGAUAAGAAUAGGCGUAAAACUGGGGAUCUUUUUGUGGUCCUCCAUGUAGAUGCAAAGCAAGGAGUUUGGAGAGAGGGUCUUCAUUUAUACUCAAAGAUUAACAUUGACUUCACAGAGGCAAUACUGGGGUCAGUUAAAAAGGUAGAAACUGUUGAAGGUUCUAGGGAUCUCCAAAUUCCCUCUGGGAUUCAACCUGGAGAUUCAGUUAAGAUCUCACGCUUGGGAGUUCCAGACAUGAAUAAACCAUCUAUUCGAGGCGAUCAUUUUUUCAUUGUGAAUGUUCUUAUUCCUAAGGAUAUCAGUGGCACCGAACGUGUACUUGUUGAGCAGUUAGCUUCACUAAGAACACCCAGCAAAGGUGAUUCAGCGUCUUCGAAUGACAUUGGGAUACCUGAAGGAAAACUCGAUGAAUUUAUAAAGAGGGAUCCUAAAUGUGAUGCUUCAACCAAGGGAUUAAAUUCAGUGUGGAGAUCAAUCACGAACUUCUUAAGGGGAGGACAAUCUGAAGAAAGGUUUGCUUCAAUUAGCCAGGAUGCAUCACAUGCAUCCUUGUGGAGAUUCGGCCACCAAAAUCAUUCAGUCCCAGAUUCCUUUUUUGUUAUUUUCAUUUUAACAUUGAUUUUUGCAUCUAUAGCAAAGUCUAAGAACUCAUUGACCCAAUACUUCAUUAAUAGAACACACAGUGAAAAAUUUUGAGGGUAUUGGUGGUAUAAAAACUCGAAAAUAAGGAGAGUGAAAGUGGAGUGGGAUGGAAAGGUUUUGGUUUCAUGCCUUGAUGCUUGGUAGAGGGCGAUUUUCAGCUAUAAUUGAGAGAGCCACAUCACUCCACUUUCAAGCAAGUGUUUGUAAUUUUCUUCCAAAUCUUUCAGCCAUCUAUUUUUAGCCCAAAUGCCCCCGAAAACAUUCUUUUUGAGCUAGAUUAAGGGCUUGAAUUCUCCUUUUGUGUUUUUCCCCAUCCUUGAUUAGCUAGGGCACAAUAUCCAUUUUAGGAUUUAGGAACUACAGUGAGGCAUAAAUUGUAAUCUCUACACCUUUGGCGGCUGGUGUUCAAACAUGUUCCUUCGAUAUUUGAAGUUGGUGUGGUGUGUGAUUGUGAAUCCUUAACAUUUGUAAAUAGUGCUAAAGAAAGUGAAGAGAAAGUGUUUACAACUGAUACUGUUGGUUGGCCAUUGCUCUAAAUUAUAUUUGAAUACAUGACUUUGUUGCCAA